AUGGCAGGUAGCUUGAAGCGUCGCCUAAAAUCUUUGAAUGAGAGAGUUCGCCUUCAUGGAGACGAAAGUCAACAUGAGCAAACCGACUCGUGGAGUAACCGCGAUCUCAUUCCUUUGCCUCCCCACCGCCGCACCUGGGAGUGGAUUCAUUACUUUGGGUACGGAUCUUAUUUGAGUAUUGCCACCUGGCAGACACCCAAUACGUUCUUGACACAAGGACUUUCGGUUGGCCAGUCCAUGCUUGUUAUCGUCAUCGGUGCCCUGUUAAUCCUUCUUUUCAUGGUUGUGAUUGCUUGGUGCGGGCUUAAAUACCAUGUCGGGUUUACGGUGCAGAGUCGGUUCUCGUGGGGUCUAAGAGCGUCGUAUAUUGCAUUGCUUCAACGGAUUCUUCUCAAUUUCAUCUGGUCAGCUGUGCAGUGCUGGACUGGCGGCAAGCUGGCCGCGGUUUGCAUUACGGCUAUAUGGCCUUCGUUCGCCACCAUGGCCAACUUUUUGCCCGCAAGCAUGCCCGCGACCGGAUACGAAUUCAUUGGCUUUAUUGUCUUCUGGGUUCUCUCUUCUCCGUUCUUGCUCAUUGCUCCCGAGAAGUAUAAGCUUCUAUUUCAGCUGACGUCCUUGUAUUGUGGUCUUGGCAUGCUGUCCAUGAUGAUCUGGGCGCUUGCCACUGCUAAAGGAGCCGGUACCCUCUGGACAACCGGACAGACAAUUCCGACAACGUCUUCCUGGAACUCCAGUUGGUUGAUCAUGAUGGGCAUAAACCAGAUGAUAGGGAAUUUUGCUGCAGGCCUAACAAAUUCGAGCGACUUUUCCCGAUAUUCUCGAAGCUGGAAGCACUACGUUGGCGGGUCAUUUCUCUCCGGUGUCGUGGUAGGAGUGCUGGUUUGUUUCUGUGGCCUGGUGACCACCAGCGCUGCCCAAAAGAUCUACGGCGAUAUUUACUGGAAUCCGCCUGAUCUUUUGAUGGUCAUGAUGGACAGCGGCCGUGGAUCUUCUAAAAGCCGAGCGGGCGUGUUCUUUCUCUCUUUUGGCUUUGCUUUAACGUCCAUGUUCCAGAAUGUUUGUGGAAACUUAAUUGCAGGAGGCAUCGAUCUUGCUGGUUUGUUCCCAAACUAUAUCAACAUUCGUCGCGGUGCCAUCAUGACGUUUGUGGCUAUCUGGGUUGUGCAGCCAUGGCAGCUGAUCAACACCGCUUCGGCAUUCAUCAAUGUUUUGAGUUCUUUCUCAGUCUUCCUUUCACCCAUUAUGGGCAUUAUGGCCACCGACUUCUUCUUGCUCCGCCAUCGUAAGAUCCAGGUCAGCCAUUUGUAUAGACCGUAUGAUUCCUCAUAUUGGUUCUGGCACGGCAUCAACUGGAGGGCCAUCCCAGCUUGGCUUUGUGGAUGGGCGCCGACGAUUGGCGGCCUAGUUGUCACGUCCAAUGGGACAAAAAAUGCGCCCAGGGCAUUGUACCAGCUGUUCUACAUGGCUUUCCUGAUCGGGUUCUUCAUCAGUUCAACCAUCUUUUACAUACUAAACAAACUCUUCCCGGUCGAAGGCUAUGGUAAACAAGACGAGGUGGACGUAUACGGGGCCUUCACAGCCUCUGAAGCUGCCAAACUAGGGAUUGUCUCAAUUACAGAUGCUAUUGAGGGUAAAGAGACAAGCGAAGAAAAGAACCAACCCCUGGAAUCCAGUGAAAAGAUAGACUAG